AUGGAUGCUUUUGGACAAUGUGGUUUGGUUUCACUCAAUCAUGUUGAGGUAGUUCCAAACCAUGCAAAUGGACAGGAUCAGAAACAAACCAAAGUGACAGAACAUAGCAGCAACAUUGACUUCUCACAAAGGGCACAGUGGCUUCGUGCUGCUGUAUUGGGAGCCAAUGAUGGGUUGGUUUCUGUUGCUUCAUUGAUGAUGGCUAUAGGAGCUGUUAGAACUGAUGUUAAAUCUAUGCUACUUACUGGUUUUGCAGGAUUAGUUGCAGGAGCUUGUAGUAUGGGAAUUGGAGAGUUUGUUUCUGUGUAUACUCAGUAUGAAGUUGAGGUUGGUCAAAUGAAGAGGGAUAUGAGUAUGAAUGGUGGAGGAGAGGCAGAGAAAGAUGUGGAAAUAUUGGGGAUGGAGAAAAGGACGUUACCAAAUCCAUGGCAAGCUGCUUUUGCAUCUGCAUUCGCAUUUUCUAUAGGUGCUAUGGUUCCUUUACUUGCAGCUGGAUCCAUUAGAGAUCACAAUAUAAGGCUUAUGGUGGUUGUGGCAGUGGCUAGCUUGGCCUUGGUGAUCUUUGGAGGGGUUGGAGCUGUGCUGGGAAAAACACCUAAGAUAAGGUCUUGUGUUAGGGUCCUUCUUGGGGGAUGGUUGGCUAUGGCUAUCACUUUUGGGCUAACCAAAUUAUUGGGUUCUAGUGCAUUGGAAUUGUGA